AUGGGUUUCCUCGGUAUCGUCGAGGACAAACACCUUGCACAUGUGCCGGCGACUGUCGUCCUCAGCGAGGAACAAAACACUCUCCCUGUUGCCGAAGGAACAGUAGCAGCUGCGACGUUGAAGCGUGGCACUGGUAGAGAUGCAGAUGUCAUCUUGAUACCUCAACCCUCCGAAGAUCCCAAUGAUCCCUUAAACUGGUCGUACACCAAGAAGAUGACCAUCAUGGUCAUCGUCGCAUAUGGCUCUGUGCUAUAUGCUGCUGUUCUGGCUCCUCUUCUGUCGCCCGCACUCGUAGUCAUCGCGGCAGACUUCGGAAAAAGCGUCGGCGACAUCACAGUCAUCUCAGGAUACAUGCUGCUGGUGACAGGCGGUGUUGGGCCGAUCGUCAGUGCUUUGUCCAGGAAGUAUGGAAAGCGCCCUCAGCUUCUGGUAGCGUCGCUCUUUGGCCUACUUGGGACUGUGAUAGGCAGUGCUGCAUACAGCUAUGAAGGCCUCUUAGCUGGACGCAUCAUUCAAGGAGGUUCCAUCUCAGCUUUCGAGUCUCUCGUAGUCGCCAUGAUCGGUGACCUCUUCUUUGUCCACCAGCGCGGUGGAUUCAUGACACUCAUCCAGUUCAUCUUGGGCGCCGCAUCGAACUUCUCUGCCAUUAUCGUUGGGCCUAUCGCAACAAAUCUCGGUUGGCGGUAUCUAUUCCACAUGCUCAUUCCGUUCACGGCCCUUGAAGUUAUCUUGCUCUUCUUUUUCGUUCCGGAGACGAACUACAACCGCGACCAUCGGUACGAUAUCGACGAGCUAUCCAACGAUAACCUUGCCGAUCUCGCUGCAGUCGAGAAAAGACAUGCUGGAAACGAUGAGAAAGCUGGAAGCGAUGACAUGGUACAGAUAGAGACAGCAACUAGCUCACCGCCUGCCAUGCGCCCGAAGAAGACCUUCGUACAGGAACUGGCCAUCUUCACUGGAACCUACUCGAACGAUAACCUUCUGCAACUUGUUAUCGCCCCCUUUGCUGUUUGUACAAACUUGGCUGUGCUCUGGAUGGUCAUAGUGACUGGAGGGCUCACUGCUUUCUUUGUCGCGCAAUCGUACGUCAUGGCCCAGAUCUUCAUGGCUCCUCCAUACUUGCUCAGCGCAGCUGGCGUGGGUUACCUUUCGUUGGGUCCAUUCCUUGGUGGUCUUCUGGGAUCCCUUCUCCUUGGUGCAACACUCGACCCACUGAUCAAGUGGUGCGCGAAGAAGAACAAGGGUGUGUACGAGCCGGAAUAUCGCCUACUCGGCAUGAUUCCAUCCGUAACAAUCGUGAUCGGCUUGUGCCUCUUUGGCUUUUUCGCAGAGGAAGGCAAAUCAUACUAUCUUACAGCUUUCUUCCACGGUAUGGACCUUUUCGGCAUCGUCAUAGCCGCCAUCGCGGCGUCUUCGUACGUCUUGGACUCCUUCCGCGACAUUAGCUCAGAAGUCUUCAUCAUGAACAUGGUGUUCAAGAACUUUUUGUUCUAUGCCUUCUCAUACUUCGUCAAUGACUGGGCGGCCAGCGACGGGCCAGCGGUUGUGUUUUAUACCUUUGCAGGUCUGGCUGGAGCCAUGAUCAUCACGACCCCUGUAUUCUUCUUCUGGGGAAAGCAGUACCGCAGCUACUGGCAUAGGCAUAACUUAUUGGAGAAGUGGGGCAUUGCGACGCAUGCGGAGAUGUAA